AUGAAUUUCGAUUUGCUCGUCAAAGAAACUGUAGCUUUGACAGUUGGCAAAAUAACAGCAAUAAGAAACAAGCAAGAGACGAAUCAAUUGGCUUUCCAAAUGAAGAAACCUUGUGACCAUUACUUCAUCAGAGAAAUGUUUAAACGUUUUCUCAAAGUCACAGACGAUUGUGUGGUUAAAAAGGUAAUAAUGUCAUUAUGUUUAUAUUGGUAUUGCACUACUCUACACCACUAUAUAUUAAUUUUGUCGCUUUUCCAGGGGAAUUACCACAUACAAUUAAACAUAGAGUCUACAGUGAGAAGGAUCUAUGGCCACAAAUUUAUGUAUGGGAACUGGUCUUUUAAAUCUCUGUUCUAUGAUGAAAAUUGUAACAUGCACUGCAGCACCAUGAACUUCACAGUGUCACCAAAACCAAGCGGUAUAGGGAACAAAACAAAUGGGAAAUAAAUAUGUUUUUAUAAAAGUUGUUUUUUUUUGCAUAAUUAUUAAAUUUAAAAUAAUUAUAAUUAUAAUUUGAUAAUAAAACGAGCUUCUUAAAUACUGCAGAGCAAAAUCUUCUCCUACUUCCAUUAAUGCGAUCUAUGGCUAAAUGGAGCCGAGUUACUAGGAAUAGAACUUGUCCCGCCCUCUGCUUCCGGACUCACCACGAGACGCUUUAUUCUAAUUACCAAUACGCGGUUGUCUUAGUGCAAAUCUCAUUUGACAUCUAGCCAAUGUGGCUACCCUGUGAAUGUAAGUUGAUGCCCGGAGUAUCGAGUAUCAAGGGCAAUCAGUAAGAUGGGCUCCUAAAAAGUGAACAGAUAACAUAUAAGGGCUACAAUCUCUAAUAACCAUUUUCUAUCACUAGAAAAGUCUUUAAACAUAGCUAGUAACUUAGGCUUAUCAAUCCAUCAAAAUUGCCAGCAUUUGUGCCCAACAAACCGGCUAUGCUUAAUGUUCUACAUAAAUUACAAAAAUUAUAUCUUGUUGUAAUAUAAUAAGUGGAGUUCAGUUAUCGACGAUUACCAUUCCAAAUACCGUAGGUAAUGGAAACAUAGAUGCUCUUUUUUAUGCUGUAAUAGAGUUUCAGUUUCCAAUUUUCUUGACAGUUUUUCUCCAGAAAAAGUUGCAUCAAGGCUUC